AUGGGUUGGUUUGGAGGUUCCGGCGGAAAGUCCAAGUCUUCCAAAGGGAAGAAAGGCUCCAAGAAUAAAGGAGGCAAACCCGGAGCCAAGAAUGUUCCAGGCGGCUCUACAGUGUUUCGGGUGACUGUCCCUGACAAUGUGAAACCUGGAGAUGAAUUUCAAGUAUACGCUGGCAAUAGAAUUGUAAGAGUUCGUUGCCCACUCGACUCCAGGGCUGGUCAGUCGCUGCAGAUAACUGUUCCAGCGGAAGGUCCAGCAGACGCACCUCCUCAGGAGAGACCUCGGGAUUCCGACAAUGUCCGGAAGAUCGAAGGCUCAAACCCGCCUGCCUUCAUGGUGGGCAUCCCAGAAGGGACUGCACCUGGAAAGCAGUUCCCGGUGAUUGUUGGAGGACAGCAGCUGAUGGUAACAUGCCCUCAAAAUGCUCGGGCUGGCAUGUCUGUGAGGAUUGUUCCACCUCCCAUGUCCACUGAUGUAACACAACAACCCUCUGCUGAUGCACCUGCAAAUGCUGCACCUAAAGCGAAGCCAAAACCCAAGCCAACAACUCAACUUUUCGAAGUGCAAGUGCCACAGGGAGUCACACCGGGAUCUCCAUUUGCGUUGAUGGCUGGAGGAGUGCGAGUGCUUGUUACUUGUCCUCCAAAUGCGGGACCUGGGCAACGAAUCCGUUUCAAGUUACCAUUGGAACUUGUACAAAAGCCAAAGGCGACAAACGAGGCGACACAGAUCAAGAUGAAAUAUGGAAAAGAUGGUUGGCAGCGUACUGUCCGUGCUACUGAUUUGAAAUUCCAGUGGGUUAGAAUGGAUGAAAAGGGUGACGUGGAUAACGCGAAGCGUUUCCAUAUGGAAAAAUCGGCGUACGUGCGACGAUUGGACUUUCGCCCUGGUAACGACCCACGUAUCCGAACUGGUCUCUUGUCUCUUAUCCCUGCCAACGAGUCUGCGACGGAAUCUAAGAUCAAAGCUGCAGAUGGCAGAGACCUGGUCACCUAUUCGGACCUGGCAAAUGCACAGGUUAAAGAUUUUGCAGACAAGGCUCAAUGGUUCCAGGAUACAUGUGCUCAGCUUUGUGUCGAGUGGAAUGAAGGACACAUGAGAAUGAAUGUGCGCCGUGAGUUUUUGCUGGGCGAUUCUGUUGAUGCUGUCAUGUCUUUAAGUCGAAAAGACUUGCGAAAACUGUGGCGUUUCGAAUUCAUUGGAGAAAUGGGCAUCGAUGCUGGCGGCCUUGCACGUGAAUGGUUCCAGCUCGUCACGGAAGAAAUUUUUGAUCCUGAUAUGGGUUUGUGGCAGUCGAGUGCUACAAAUCAAAUGAGUAUGACCAUCAACCCAAAUUCUGACUUCUGUUGUGAAGACCACCUUGUAUAUUAUCGAUUCCUGGGUCGUGUCAUGGGCAAAGCAAUGUUUGAUCGUCAAUUGGUGUGUGGCCAUAUGGUCAAACAUCUUUACAAGCACAUGUUAGCAUGGCCAAUCCAAUUCAAAGAUCUUGAACAUAUAGAUUCGGAGUACUACAACAAUCUUAAGCAAUUGCAGGGAAUGCAUGAUAAUGAUGACGACAUAUCCAUGCUCUGUCUGGACUUUACGACAACGUCAGAAAUCAUGGGGCAGAAACAAGAAAUUGAACUCGUAAAGGGAGGGUCCGACAUUGAGGUUACAAACGAGAACUUCCCGGAAUAUGUGGAAGCAUGUCUGAAAUAUAAACUUAUGGAUAUGGUCAAGCCACAGCUAACGGAACUGCUAUUGGGGUUCUUCGACGUAAUCCCGGAACCGUUGUUGACCAUUUUUGACUUUCAAGAGCUUGAGCUCCUGAUGUGCGGUCUCCCUGAGAUUGACAUGGCGGAUUGGAAAAAAUAUACAGAAUACUCUGGCGAGUAUGAGGAGGACGAAGAGCAUCAAGCUGUACUGUGGUUCUGGGAGGUUGUCACGGAAAUGGAUCACGAGAUGAAAGCGCGCCUCUUACAGUUUGUGACGGGGACGUCAGGUGUUCCGUCCCGAGGCUUCGGUGUUUUGCAAGGGAAUGAUGGAAACAUUCGAUUAUUUACGAUCCAUGGGCUACCGAUGGAUGUAUGCCUCUAUCCCCGAGCGCAUACUUGCUUCAACCGUAUCGAUCUCCCAAUGUUUGAUUCAAAAGAUGAUCUGAAAGAGAAAUUGAAGCUCGCAAUUACCAUGUCUUCUACAGGAUUUGAUAUUGAGUGA